GCCCGGCGCGGUGCCGCGGGCUCGGGAGCCACAUCCUGCACCGGGGGAACGGGGCACCGGGACCGGUGGGAACCGCAUCGCCGCGGCCGCCCCGCGCCGCCGCCCACGAUGUGGUGGGACGAGCGGGUGUCGGCGCGGUUCCGGAGGAACCUGCAGCCCACCCUCACCUACUGGAGCGUCUUCUUCAGCUUCGGCCUCUGCAUCGCUUUCCUGGGGCCCACGCUGCUGGAUCUGCGCUGCCAGACCCAGAGCUCCCUCUCCCAGAUCACCUGGGUCUUCUUCUCCCAGCAGUUCUGCCUCCUGCUCGGCAGCUGCCUCGGAGGGGUCUUCAAGAGGACGUUGGCUCAGUCCUUGUUUGCACUCUUUGCCUCGUCACUGGCAAUCUCCUUGGUCUUUGCCAUCAUCCCUCUGUGCCACAAUGUGGUGGUCCUGGCCGUGGUCAUGGCUGUGGCAGGACUGGCCAUGGGUUGCAUUGACACUAUCUCCAACAUGCAGCUGGUGAAGAUCUACCAGAAGGACUCGGCCAUCUUCCUGCAGGCCCUUCACUUCUUCGUGGGCUUUGGAGCGCUGCUAAGCCCACUGAUAGCUGACCCUUUCCUCUCGGACACCAACUGCAUCCUCUCAAACUCCACGGCCAAUGCCUCCAGCAACCUCCCUCACAUCCGCAAGUCCCUGGUCCCGCACCAUCCAGGCAACCUGUCUCAUUACGACCUGCCGAUGAAAGGCAUGGUGGUCACACGCGUCUCCUACGCCUUCUGGAUCAUGGCCCUCAUCAACCUGCCGGUCCCCAUCGCGGUGUUUUUCUUGCUCUACAAGGAGCGGAUGGUGCCGUGCUUCAACAGCAGCAGCCACCCACUGCUCUCGGCCGACGAGCUGGCGAUGGAAACGCGGCCCGUGGAGAAGGACGAUCUCUCCACCACCGUGCAGAGACCCCAGGGAGCAGGAGGUCAUGAUGACUUAUUUAGCUGCUGCCAAAGCAAAAACUUCAGAGGGGCUUCUUACACCUACUUCGCAGUCCACAUCACUGGGGCUCUUGUUCUCUUCAUGACUGAUGGGAUUGUGGGAGAGUACUCGGGCUUCAUUUACAGCUACGCGGUGGAAGAGCCCCUCUCUGUAGUACACAAAGUGGCUGGCUACCUGCCCAGCCUCUUCUGGGGAUUCAUCACGCUGGGCAGGCUCAUCUCCAUCCCAGUGUCCUACCGAAUGAAACCAGCAACUAUGGUCUUCAUCAAUGUGGUCGGAGUCCUGAUAACCUUCCUCCUGCUCCUGAUUUUCUCCUACAGCGUUGUCUUCUUGUUUGUGGGGACUGCCUCUCUGGGCCUGUUUCUCAGCAGCACGUUCCCCAGCAUGCUUGCCUAUACUGAGGACAUCCUCCAGUACAAAGGCUGUGCCACAACCGUGUUAGUGACCGGAGCUGGAAUUGGAGAGAUGGUACUGCAGUUACUGGUGGGAUCGAUUAUACACGAUCAGGGCAGCUACAGCUUCCUGGUCUGUGGGAUGAUCUUUGGAGGCUUGGCCUUUACCUUCUACGCUUUCCUCUUGUUUUUCCACAGGAUGUACCCCAAGCCCUCAUCAGAUAUGGAUGAUGCCUCACCUGACAAACCAGCAGUAAUGGAUGACACAGGACAGUAUCAGCGCUAAAGAAGUGGCCAAGCUCCAGCCAAGCAAUAAAACAACACCCAGUUAAGCAUUACUAUUAAGGAUGAUUUCACGUUUAAUGACUGAAUCACGCAAGUUUUCUGCAAUCAAAAGCACAUUAGAUUGGGUAAGUCAGAAUCAAGAAAACAUCCUAAAACACUGCAUCAAGCUAAGCACAAGCUGCCCCUCUCACAUGUACCAGAACGGCAUCUGUAACCGUCAGCCUGACCCUGUGCCUGGGAGGCCACGGUCCAGGGCAGGGGUGCUGGGACAACAGUCACUCCUGCAAAUGAACUUUCUUACCAGUUCAGGAUGGGGAAGGAAGAGGUUCUCUGUCCCAUCUCUAAGACUGAGUAUCUCCUGAUUUAGUCACUGAACUUAUCAGAUUUUUUUCUUUUGGCCUGUAACAUACCUAUGCCCCUACAAUUUUACAGCACAAUACUGGAUUUGAAUUAAUUUUUGUGUCACGCUGACUCAAGCAUGCACACUUCCACUGGGGAAAAAUGACACAAUUGGUAAACCCCCUCCAAGUGCACAGUGGUAGCAGGACCUAUCUCUCUUUGCACAGUUGAUUCUUGUAUAUUAACAGUAUCAGACAUGUUUGCUAAGACAGUGUCUUAUUCAGCAUGCUAGGGUCUCUUGAUUAUUAAAAUCAUUAGCUUUUUUUUUUUUUUUUUUGAGCCAAGAUUGAGUUGUGAUGGUUUGUUUUGCUUAAGUCACUAGUUUAGCUGCUACAGUUGCAGUGUCUUUUAGGGUGGUUUUAUCGCUAGCUUCCAGUUGAAGCUUAAACAGAGGUAUUUGGGAGCCAGCCUCCAGCUGCUUAAUCUGUGCAAUACUUAUUAUACCAGGUGCCUUCUGUAAGGUACUCUCAUAACCCACGCAUGACCUGUUACAAGCUAUGAAGAAAGGACUGGCUUUAGAAGAGUAUAAAGCUACAUACAUCUAUUUCUUCAGUGAGUGAUUGGACAUGUAUUUUUUGCUUUAACUGCUGUAUGUGGAUGUACAUAUGUACGUGUGUAUAUAAAGCAGUGUUUAAUUAAAGGUGAUUGAUUGCUAGAUUCUCAGCACGACUGGGCUCGGGUAACUUAAGCCGUUUCUGGCCAAGACUACUGGCUACUACCUUCACCAGUUCUAGCUUUCAAAUUCCGACUGAAGUUUAACUUAAACUAGUUCUAGCAUUUCUGGUUUUCCAAGUACUAGGUCUUACCUUCCAUAAAAUAUCUUCACAAGCUCCCACGGGUGGUUCUGUAGAAAAAGACUCAAGACAGUAGACUUGUGGAAUUGACUUUGCACACCUAAGGCUGAGUGUGCAUCAGCCCAAUGCAGAAGUGGAUGAAGGCGGUUGAACUCUGGGCUUAACUCAGCCACGGACCCCAGGAGCCCUCCUGCCUCACAGCCAGUGCAGCCCAUGCUGUAAUGCUUCUCUAGUACCACAGGAUGCCACUGUUACUCUCCUUGAGAUAUCCAGAAUGAAAAAAGGAUGCACUGCAAAACCCACUUGCAGCAAAAAAACCCCAAUCUGUCAUUAACAGAGCUCCUCCCACCAUGACAGCAUUCUCUCCAUUCCUAUACAGAGGAAAUGAGCACAAAACAAUACAACGAGGGAGUUUGUUUUGAAAGAAGUCUACUCAGAUUACAUAUAUAUCACACCAGGGACUUGUCAGCUAUUAAAAAAAAGCUUUCUGUCCUUGCAGAGUGAUACUACAUAGCUAAAUGCUAUUGCCGGAGUAACAGUGCUUUUGUUAGAAGUGUACUUGACAAUUCAGAUCUCUGCUUUGCUAUCGGCGCUAGACAGAACAGAGCUACUCACCAAAGGAAAUUUUCACCAGGAGAGAACAGUACCUGAUCUGGCAAAACAACUGUGCAGCCACUUACAAAGCCAGCAACAGCAACUCCAUCCCGGUCUCCACUGAAGCAAGAUGUGAGAGCCGGUGCUGCUGGGCACAGAUGGGUUAGCUCAAGGUCUGAUGAACUCCCCCUUACCACAGAGCGAGCUGCCCUGCAGCUGUAACUUUCAAUUUCCUCUACUGAAAAACACAGCCAAAAGAUCAGAAACUUUGUUAAAAAUAUUUAUUUAAAAAAAUACAAUUGUUUUGCAUGUCUGGUUGCACAUAACUAUUAACAUAUGAUUGACUUGAAUAAUUUGCUACAAUGCUUUUUUAAAGCCAGCUUGCAUUAUACAAAGCAAAUCCCUCUGUCAGUUCUUACAUAAAAUAGUUUUCUUUAACUAUUCCCACCCCAUUUUUAAAAAAGAUUGCAAUACAUUGAUUUUUUUUUUUUUUUUUUUUUGCACAAAAAUUGAAGCAAUAGAAAAGUCACCUGAUUUCUCAGGAAAGACCUUCAUUAUGUUUGAAUAACAACUGCCAAUAACGCCACUCUUUAAAAGCAGCUUCUGUUACUUUGAAGAGUCAUUACAGUGCACUUCCUCCAAAGUAAGUUUUGCCUCCAAAUUGUAUUCAAACCUGAAAUGUGUUCAAAUAACUGCAUAUCUGCUAUAAACAAGUUGAUCAGACUUUUUUCAAUAUGGUAUCAACAUGCUGAAGGUCUUCCUAGUAUGUUAUCUUGGAAGGUUAAAUAAAAGCAAAUUUAGUAACACUGAACAAUUACUGAAAACUUUGGCUAUUUAUGUACUUGCAUUACAUACCAGCAUUUUUUUGAAAACACAAUGGCAUUAAGAUACUCUUAUUAUAAGGUAUUACUUUCAAAAAAGUUAGACUGAGAAGCUAUUCUCUCCCCGGCAAGUUUACCCAACUGUAAUAAGAACACCCAAGCGGUGUAAGAUUACAGUUGCCUCUAAAAGACCAGGUCUAGAAAAAGUCUCCAGUGUAGGAAGUUAAGACACUCACUACAACGUAACUUGCUUUGUCUCUUGACUCGGUACUGUAUAUAUAUAUAUAUCUAUAAAAAAAAAAUGCAAUUCUGUUCUGGAAA